AUGGAGUCCAGAUCUCUACAGUCGAAGCCGUCAGAAGAAACGCUCGUAUCGCUUCUACAACUAGACCCAUCACCUAUUGAGACACCGCCGGCCGACACCGAGAAAGACCUUCCUCCCCUGCCGGAAGAUGCGCUCGAGGAUAGCACUGGCUCACUCAGAUCGACCUCUUCAGCCCCCGGCUUGAGUGGGAGCGGUCAUAGUGCCAUCUUCUACCAACCCCUUCUUGUGGCAUUGCCCAUUGUCGCACACGUCGCUUCCGGCAUCGCGCUCCGUCUUGUUCGCCGGUCGCAAAACCUUAAGCGUUAUGGCGGUAAUACACCAGGCAUGUACGCCUUGUAUCGCGCUCAGACUGGCAAAAGCUCUCGGUCUUUGACGUCCAACAGUACCAAUUCGGCCGGCCGCAUUUGGCCACCCGUUAGUUACAUCUCCAUAUCUGGCUAUGUCUUCACGGCACUCCUCGCUGCCCAUGUGGGUAUCAAUCGUCUACUUCCGCUCUAUGUCGAGGGUGACAGCUCCAACAUUGGCUUGGCUUUCGUUUCACACGGGUUUGUCCAGCACCCUUUUGCAUCAUGGCUCGCCUACACCAGUCUGCUGACGGUGGGUUGCGGUCACAUGAUUUGGGGCGCAGCUAGGUGGCUGGGACUGGCACCGACAGCGAUGGGAUGGAGCGGUAGCGGCACCAACGUGGUCGACAAGAAGGUCCGGAAGCGCAAGAGGAGAUCGUGGUGGGCGCUGCAUGGUAUUGCUGCGGCUGCGGCUGGCAUUUGGGCAGCUGGCGGUCUAGGUGUCGUGGCAAGAGGGGCCUGA